AUGGCAUUUCACAACAUCGUUCUCGACCAAUUGGUCUUCCACCAUGUCCGUUUUAUUCUUCUUACACCCAUGCUCCUCCUACUCAUUCGAAGCAUAUACCGAAUCUUCUUCCAUCCACUCUCCCACAUCCCUGGUCCUUGGCUUUCGGUUUGCACCUCAACAUGGCUCAACUACCAUGCAUGGGUCGGUGACGAGUGUACUGCAGUCCACAAGCUACACCUAAAAUACGGAUCAAUCGUUCGGACCGGUCCAAACGACGUCGACAUUGUCGAUGGUGAAGCUUUGAACACGAUCUAUGUUGAGAAAGGAGGAUUUAGAAAGGCAAGCUGUUAUGCGAACUUCGACAUCGAUGGCCACAAAUCAAUCUUUUCACAUGUAGAUCCUUCAGAACGAGCUCCGAGAGCAAAGGCGGUACUUCCAUUGUUCAGUACUGGCAGCUUGAGAGCAGGGUCGAAGACAAUAUACAGGUGCGUAGAUCGGAUGGUGGUGAGGAUGAAAGAGGGGGCGAAGACUGGAAAGUCGGUCAAUAUCCUCAAUCUAACGAGAAGUUUGGCCGCCGACGUUGUGACGGCAUACCUAUUCGAUGACAGCUAUGGCGGGCUGGAAGAGACUGACGGCGAAAUGAGUGCGAGUGGAAUGGUGAAUGCUUUUGUCGCUGUGGGUCGAUUUUUCUAUCUUCCAAAUUGGAUGUUUCAAUUGCUGGAGCGGACUUACGAAAAGAUCCUGCCAGACCACGAAGUGAACAUGAGCAUAUCAAAGGUGGAUUCGUUCAUCGCUGCGGUGGUCGAUCGAAGUAGAACGGACAAGAAGCUAAAGGGUUACUAUCCGGCAAGACUGAUGGAGAGUGGAUUCUCCGUUAGUGAAGCUCGAGCACAGUGCAAAGAUUUGAUGUUCGCAGGCACAGACAGCACUGGGAUGAAUUUGGCGACCAUCUGUUUCAUGCUGGCAAAGCAUCCAGGUAAAUACGCAAGAUUGAGGAAUGAACUACUGGAAAGACAACCCGACGAAUCGGAACUACAAUCCUUGCCAUACAUGAAAGGGGUGAUCAAAGAAGGGUUGAGGUUGAGUAUGGCAAAUCCGUCGCGCCUCCCACGGGUAGUGCCGCCGUCUGGCUGGAUGUUCAAGGGUACCUUCAUGCCAUCAAACACAAUCGUAUCAUGCACGCCUUUUGAACUUCACCUAAAUCCGGACGUGUUCGAGGAUCCAUACGAAUUCAAACCGGAGAGAUGGGAAACCCCAACCGACGAAAUGAGUAGAGAUUCAAUCUGGUUCGGGCUUGGGACCAGACAGUGCAUUGCAAGAAACUUGGCAACGAUGGAACUGUUCUGUGCUGUACAACGACUGGUACAGGAGAAUGUACUUGAAGGUGCACAUUGCUGUCAGGAACGAAUCGAAAUUCUGGAGUGGUUCAACUCAAAGGUGAAGAAAGAAAAGAUAGAACUAAUGUGGUCAUGA